GUCGUGGACGCACUCGAAAUCCGUGAGGGCCGGGAGGUUGAUCGAUUGGGAACGGACGGCGGCAGGAGGAACGGCAUUCACAGUGUUGGCCCGCUCGAUCUCAGGGAGCCCAAUGUUUGGAAUCCGCACCGUUUCGAAGGUCAACGACUUGAGGGACCCCUCGCUCAUCGUGGUGGCAGGCCCUGCUUCUGUCGCGCUAUUUUUUGCCCCAGCGCGUGGCCCUCGAUGAGCGCGAUGACGCUUCCGAAACACCACAAUGGUGCAUCGAUGUAAUCGUCGUCGUCAUCGUCAUCAGAAUCCUCACUCAAUGAAUCAUCGUCAUCGUCCUUCGAAGCCCAUGAACACGGAAAGCGGUGUGUGACGGCAGUCAGGUUGAUCAUCUGCUUGCCGAGCUCGUGUGCCGUCUGCGGGGUCAUCUGCUCCCAAAAGUUCCUUUGGCAUGUGUUGCUGUAGUCGAUGACGAGCCCCGUGUGGUGCUGUAGGACAAUGCCGCUGACUGGCGAGGGCAGGGGCGGCUUGAGACACCACACGGGGUUGAUGAAGGCGUACAGACCGACUUGAAGCUCACGAGGCUGCACAUCGACAGGCGACAGACGAGAGACACACCCUAUCGGCUGCGUCUUGGGUCCUCUCUUUGUCCCUCUUACCACUGGAAUGCCUUGCCAGCCCUGCAUCCGAAUGGCCUGCACGAAGUAUCGGAGAGAGAGAGAUGCAUGACGCAUGGGUGCUUGUGGUCACGUGUCUUGCCUUGAAGACGCCAGCCAUCGCUUUGUUGUCCGCCGCAGAGGCAUUGUUGCCAGCGGGGUGACCCGAGGAAGAGGCUUCAUCGUUCUCGCUGCCUGAGGGCAAAGCAAUUGGGGCAAAGUGAAAUGGCAACAGAUAGACCAUACACUUUCGCCAUGCAUGAUCAAGCGUACCAGGGCGACAUCGUCGCCUCCGAGUCAUUCUGUGGGCAGGCGGGGCGGCCCGAUCGUCUGCAG